AACUUUAGUUUGAUUUGAGCAUUUGAACGUUAAACGUUGGAGCGCGCACGUAUAGUACAAAAAUUGUUAAGAAGAUUAAAAGUAGGAAAACGAAUAUUAAAUAUUAUUAAAUAAAAGAUUAUAUACGGCCUUGUGUGUUAAACGAAUAAUUAUAACGAAAAAAAAUGUUUACAUGUACAACAAUGCUAUAAGCAAGUCUGUGGAAUAAAGUUUGUAUUUUAAAUUCAUAAGUGUAAAAAAAUCUGCAAAUUGUGUUGAACGGCCCUUAAUGAAAAGUAACAACCCAAAGUGAAAUAAGAUAACUAACAAACUACUUUUGUUCCCCACUCUCCACAUCAUUUAUAUACACACUAUCAGUCAACCUAUGUAUUUAUGUAUAUAGGUGUAUAUUAUAUCUGAUAUUUGUUGGUAGAGAGAUAAUGAAAAGUUUAUAUAAAUGACGCCAAAAUUUAUUUAUACAAUAAAUUGAUAUUUAAUAAAGAAUUUCCGUAGUUUUUUAAACGUAUAAAAAACAACCACGUGAAAAUGGUGAACGAACGUAUAACCAAAAGUAGUGAAUUUGUAAAUUUAUGUUAUACUUACCUGCAUUUAUAAUUAACUUAAAUUGUUUGUAUUAAAAAGGUAUUAGGUAUAAGUGUAUUUGUUCUCAUUUUGUUGUUAUUAUUUUCUCUAUCCACGAGAUACAAGAUACAUAUGUAAGUGCACUUAGUAGUAUGUAUGAAUUAUUUAUUGAAUGCAGUGCUUUUCCACUUGUUUUUUGUUUUUGAUGUGUGAGUAAAUGAGCAACUGAGUAGUAAGUUGAGUACCUGUUGUGAGGUGUUAAACGUAUUUUAUACGAAGGUUAAAUUUUAGCCACGGUUUAACAACGAAAUUACAAAAAUAAAAGAAGUGCAACUAACCGAAGAUACUGUGUAAAAGUAACGAACGAUUAUUUUUUCGAAUGCGCUAAAACUCAUCCAUCUACUAAAACGAUCUCAUUCGUGUUAGGUUUCCAACUAAAUGCAAAAUACUACGAAAUGCUAUAAGCGUGUAUGUCAAUGCCAAGUAAUAACAACAACAAUAACGAUCGCCAACAACUACUACAAACUACUACUUGGAAUUCUUCUACUACUUUAGCUUCUUUUUAUUCAUCUUCAAGUUUGUUUUUUAUUUUAUUGAAAAAAAAAAAAAUAAUAAAACAAACCCAAUAAACAACAUCAACAACAGCUAGAAGAAUAACAAAAAAAAAAAAAGAAAAUAAUAAAUAAAAAAACAUCAACCCAACCAAACGACCGGCCGUGAUAUCUUUAAGAUACACCUUUAAAGAAAUACUGAUGAAAAAUAACUUAAAAAUACAAUAAUAAUAAAGCCACACUAACAACAUCAGCAACAACAAUAAAAACAAAAAAACAAAUCUACGAAUAUUUUUGUAGUCUUUUGGUUUUUUCCUCAUAAAAAAUAAAAAUAAGCACGUUUCAGUGAACACGAGAGUGAGAGAACAACGAUUAGAGGAGAAAAUCAAAAAUUAAAUUAACAAAAAAAAAAAUAAAGAAAAACAAAAUAAAAUUAAAUAAAAAAUAAUAAAAAUUUGCUGAAUAACAACGUGACCACUGACCGGUUUUUGUGCUUAGUUUUUGUAUUUUCUGUUCUUUGGUUUACUUUCUGCCAAGUUAUUUUAAACAAACAAAUCUUUACACGCACUCACAGCUACGGUCACCAUUUAGGCCUUAAUAACAAGGUCCUAAAAUAAAACGCACACAAAUAAAGGCAAACGACAGGAAUGCUAAAAUCAUUUUAGCGAACCAAUUUUUUUUAAAGAAAUAUAAAAAAAUAUGUGGACUUAAUGAAUACUUGUUAAAUAAUAAUUUAAUUAAAAAAUUUAAAUAUACACACUAGUACUUACAACAACAAUAAAAACUACAAAAUGUUACUGCUAAAAACUACCUCUAGGAGUUUUCCUCUCGGACUUAUUCUAUUCCUGUACAUCUACUCUGCGUCAUCGUUUAAUCUGGAGAAUCGUCUGCCCAUUGUAAAAUUUAAUUCAAACCCCUCAUCAUACUUUGGAUAUUCCAUUGCCACUCAUACAGUUGGUGAAUACAAUUGGCCGAAUAAUACAAAAUGGUAUGUACUUGAUUUCCAUUUAAUUAACAUUAGAUGUGUAAGUAAAUAUUUGGAUUUAUUAUAAAAUAUUCUUAAAAUAAUUUUGUUGGCAAUUGUCAGUCUUUUGUUCUAGUUUUUUCUUUUAAUUUAAUGUAGGGUUCUAUAAAUAGACUUUC